AUGGGAAAUAUUUGUCAAACAACUUCACUCACAUUGAUUACUGAAGUUAGUGAUGAUAUUGUUGACCAUUAAACUAUAAUGUCUACAAAAAAUAGAGCCAUUUUUAAUGAAAUUUACAAACAAGAGGAAGUUGAUUCAACAAUUAAAUUACAGACCUAACCUUAAAUAACUUAGCUACCAUUCAUAAGUUUAGAUUUAAUUGAGCCAAAUCAAUAUAUUCCUUAAAUCAAAGUAAAUAGAAGAACUUUAAGCUUUGUAAAAGAGAAAUCACUCAAAGAUGAUAAUAGAAGCAGAACUACUUCCUAAAAGAUCAAGUCUGAAAAUAUCUCAAUUUCUAGAUAACCAAUUAAAUCAUCUCUUAAAUCACUUAAUUCUAAAUAAGGUAGCUCUUAAAAAAGCUAAAAGUCAGUAAGAUGGGGAAGUGACUUAAGUGUCUUUGCAAAUUUAAUCCAUUACUAAAAUUAAUUGAUUUGA